AUGGAAUUUCUGGACGCUCUGGAGACCAGUGUUAGGACGUCAACGGUCCCGGUGCUGGUGUCGGGGGACUUUAAUGCUCACUCCUCGGUCUGGGGUAGCCCCCGCGAGGACCGGAGGGGGGAGUUAUUACUCGACAUGCUAGCUGCGAAUAAUCUGAUUGUUUGCAAUGUGGGAAAUUCCCCUCCGUUUGUAAGAGGCGCAUCGGGUACUCACAUAGAUGUGACCGUGGCUUCCGAAAGCCUUGCACCGCGCGUUAGAAACUGGCGAGUUUUCGACGAGGAGUCCCUGAGCCUGCACAGGUACAUUUAUUUUGAGAUAGACGACGGUGGCAGGAGACCAAGACUACAAACCAUGGAGAAUAGCGGGUGGCAAAUCAGGAAACUUAGCUUACAAAAACUUGAAGACGCAGUAAAAUCGGAGGACGGCGGAGAGCUAGUAGCCAAAACACCAAUAGCGGAGGAUAUUGAUUCAUUCGCAAAGGUGUUGGAAAGAAUUGUUGACAAAUGCAUGCCUAAGAGAGGCAGACAGAGUAAUAGGCGGCCGGUGCAUUGGUGGUCGGAGGAGUUAGCCGAGUGCAGGAGAAUCUGCAAUUCGGACAGAAGAAAGUAUCAACGGAAAAGAAGGAGAUCUGGAGAUGAGCAAUGCAUUGAGGAAGCGCAGGUGUACAAGGCAAUCAGAAGUAAGCUAACUAUAGCUAUCAAGACGGUGAAAGAAAAAUGCCGGAUAGAGCUGUGCAGGGAAGUCUAG